CUUCAAAUUUAUCAUGAAGCUUUUACAUAUUUUUAUUAUUUUUCUGUUAUUCCAAUCGUGCUCUAAUAAAAUGUGUCAAUAUUCAAAGAAAAAGUACAAGAUUUGUGGAGUUAGAGCUCUUAAGCAUAUGAAAGUCUAUUGUACACGUGGAAUGACAAGAGAUUAUGGAAAAUUACUCGUGACUUGUUGUUCGAAAGGAUGUAAUGCAAUAGAUAUCCAACGUAUUUGUUUAUGAAUUUGUGAACAAUGAUAUUUUAAGUUUUUAAAUUCCUAUUGGUUUUUUUUGUUUAAAUACAGAUUUAAUGGUG